AUGUUGCGAAGAAGCCAAUCAGGUUUUGAAAUUUGUCGAAGACUUAUCAGAAAACGAAGAACUCCAGACGAAGCAAGUUCGAGUAUUUUAGAAGAAGGAACUACAUUUUCAGAUGUUCACAAUGUUAUUUUGAAUCCGACUACGAAGUUACCGUAUCCAGAAAAGGUACUUUUUCUUGAUUCAAUUUUGAAAAAAAAAUGAAUUUCCAGCAACUUCGCGAACAUCUCGAGAAAACAUCAACCGAUCUUUUGCGAGAAAGAAAUAAGCAAAAAUACGGGGGAAAGAAGAAAUUGAGCAGUGAAAUCGAUUUCAGUCAUAUUCCAAUCGUAGAACAUGUUGUUCUUUUGUUUCCCGGACAAGGUGCACAAUUUGUUGGAAUGGGGAAGAAGUUGAUGGAAAUUGCGGCGGCGAAAGCGAUUUUUGAUGAAGCAUCUGAAGUGUUGGGUUAUGAUAUGUUGAAACUGUGUUUGGAUGGACCGAAAGACAAGUAUGUUUUUUGAAGUGGGCUCCGAUUUUUUGAGGGCUUUAUUUGGGGAUAGAGGGCCGUAGGAAUUGGACCAGAUUAGAUUUUUUGAGAAUAUUCUGUAUUGAACAAUGAAAAAAAAAGUUUUUGUGAAACAUUUUUGAGAAAAAUAUUGCCACGUGGAUUUUUCACUCAAAAAUCACAUUUUUCAAAAUUUUCAAAUUAAAAUUUUACAGAAUCAAAAGAAUUUCAACAAAAUUUCAGAAUUUUUAUCAAAAAAAUCUGGUCUGUUUUCCUGAAAACCAGGCCUAAUAUUUGAAAAAACAUUUUUUGUUUUCCUAUAACGUUUCUAUUAUCAGCCCAAUUAUCAAAAAUAAUUUUCAAAAAAUUUUGAAACAGUGAAUUUUUUUCACAAAAAUAUCCCCCACUCAAAUAUUUUCUCCACUUAUUUUUUCCAGAAUCGAACAAACCCUUUAUUGUCAACCAGCUGUAGUCACUUCUUCUGUUGCUGCUUUCGAAGCUUUGAAAUCACAAGAUGAUUCGAUUGAAGAGAAUCUAACAGACACUGCUGGCUUUUCAGUUGGUGAAUAUUCUGCAAUGGUUGCCGGUGGAAUUAUUUCCUUCAGCGACGCCAUAAAAAUUGUGAAAACUAGGGCUGAAGCAAUGUCAGAAUGCUCGAAACUUGUGAAAAGUGGAAUGGUGACUGUUCGAGUUAAAGGAUCUUCGCGCAUUGAGAAAGCUAUAAACGAUGCGAGAAAUGUUGCGAGAGAAGCUGGAGAGUUGGACAUUUGCGAAGUUGCUAAUUAUUUAUAUUGUGGGACAAGGGUUAUUGGAGCAUCAGAAACUUGUUUGAGAUUUUUGGAGCAAAAUCAAGAAAAAUAUAAUAUUCAAGUUUUGAAAAAGAUUACAAGUUUCUUCUGCGUUUCAUACGAGACAAAUGGAACCAGCUGUUGAAAAGGUUGUUUUUUUUUAUUAAAUUUAAAUAAUUAAUAAAUUUCUGAAAAUAAAUUACGAAUUUCAGGUUAUGCAAGCGUUAUAUCAAGCUGAUAUUCAAAGAGCUGUUUGUAAUGUAUAUUCGAAUUAUACAGGACAUAUUUUACCAGCGAAGAAGGUUUGUUGUUUCCAAUUUUCAAAUAAAGAAAAAUGUUUUUAGGCUGAAAUUCGUGGAGCUUUGUCAAAGCAAGUGAAUAAUCCGGUUAAAUGGGAGCAAAUUCAACAAUUACUUUUCAGGAAACAUGAGGUUAGUUUUUUAUUUUUUUCAUGUGAGCCUAUUAAAUCUACGUGGUAAUUUGAAAAAAAAACUAUUAAAAUAAAAAAAAAUAAUCUUGAAGGCAUUUUGUUUUAAAAAUACUAAUUUUAAAGGGUUGGUGCCAGGGUUCCGAACUGGGUCGGUUCUUGGGGCAGAUCGGGUCUGGUUCGAGUGGGUUGGACUCAGAUCCAGAACAAAAAAAUGGAUGAACUACCCAGAAGGUUUUUGUUGAAUUUUUUCAACGAGAACCGAAAUUUAGUUUUUUGUUGAAUUUUUUCAACGAGAACCGAAAUUUAGUUUUUUGUUGAAUUUUUUCAACGAGAACCGAAAUUUAGUUUUUUGUUGAAUUUUUUCAACGAGAACCGAAAUUUAGUUUUUUGUUGAAUUUUUCUGAAUAAUUUUUUAUUCCAGAAUGAAAAAUUUCCUCGAUUCUACGAAGUUGGACCCGGCAGACAACUUGGUGCAAUGCUUCUUCAAACCAGCAAAAAAGCAUACAAAACAUAUCAACAAUAUUCGUGUUAG